GGGACGCUCACAGAAAUCGUGUCAGACAACGGCGCACCGUUUGUGAAGGCAUUGGCGUGGGCCUACAGAAUUCGCCGCGGGACCCCCGCAGGUCUGGCCCAGCGGGACCCCUGAAAAAUCGAAGUCCCGCUCUCGACGACGGCAGAACAUUUCAAUGUUCUGUCAACCUUAGCAUAGAGUCUGAUACAGUAACAAGAUAUCCCAAUUAGUUGCAUCACUCGUAGUGUUGACAUUGUUGAGGACAGCGAGGUCGAAGAAUUGGGUCCCGCGGGACUCUACUUAAAGCGGGACUAAACCCAGCGGGACUCCAGCGGGAAUGGAAAAUGACCCCGCGGGACUCCAGCGGGAGUGCUUAACCGGUGUGCGGGACUCCAGCGGAGGUCGAGCAGGUCCCGCGGGACUCCAGCGAUGGCCCCACUCGACCCCGCGGGACUCCAGCAGUCGGCUCACAUGCCCCGCGGGACUUCAGCGGAGGUCCAGCAGAGGUCCAGCGGGCGUGAACACUGCGGGAUCCUCUGCUCACCAACAUAAUCCGGCAGUGCUGCUCUAUAAGGUCACCGCCGCACACCGCCGUCCCCAUCGUCGUCUUACAUCAACGUUACAGCCACCUCAUCAUCAUCGUCCGCACAGCACAUCGACUGCACAGCCGCCUCAUCAUCAUCGUGCUCGUCG